GAAACCUUGAGUGCCAUUGAGAAGCCCCUUUUGGGCUCUGGCAGCCUCACCUUGGGCUGGUACUUAAAUAGGGGGGAAAAAAACCCACCUAAACUAAACUAAACCCGUACCAACCACCUCCAGGAGAGUUCUCCUGGCUCCCAGUAGGAGGCGGAGAGCCAAGGGGCGUGCAAGAGCGAGGGGGCUGGGCUCCCGGUGGCAGGAGGCCGCGGCUGCGGAGCGGCCGCCCUCGAUCCGGGCGAUGGAGGAGGAAGCAAGCGAGGGGGCUGGUUCCUGAGCUUUGCAAUUCCUGUGUCGCUUUCUGAGAUCCCAGGCUGCCGGGUCGCAUGAUCCCUCCGGCUGGAGUUGCUUUUUUUGCCAGCCGCCGCGAGGCCGGCUGAGUUACCGGCAUCCCGACCGCCACCUCCUCUCCCGACCUAGGAUACAAAAGAUCUUCCGGGGGCUGCACCUGCCUGUUGUCGCCUGAAACCGAUUUGAAUCUCUUUCUCUCCCUUCAGAAUCCUAUCUUGGCUUUGGAUCUUAGAAGAGAAUCACUAAGCAGAGACCGGACUCAGUGAGUGAGACAGGUGUUUUGGACAAUGGACUGGUUGAGCCCAUCCUUAUUAUAAAAAUGUCUCAGAGCAACCGGGAGCUGGUGGUUGACUUUAUCUCCUACAAGCUUUCCCAGAAAGGAUACAGCUGGAGUCAGUUUAGCGAUGUGGAAGAGAACAGGACUGAGGCCCCAGAAGGGAAUGAAUCAGAGCUGGAGACCCCCAGUGCCAUUAAUGGCAACCCAUCCUGGCACCUGGCUGACAGCCCCACGGUGAAUGGAGCCACUGGCCACAGCAGCAGUUUGGAUGCCCGGGAGGUGAUCCCCAUGGCAGCAGUGAAGCAAGCACUGAGGGAGGCAGGCGACGAGUUUGAACUGCGGUACCGGCGGGCAUUCAGUGACCUGACAUCUCAGCUGCACAUCACCCCAGGGACAGCAUAUCAGAGCUUUGAACAGGUAGUGAACGAACUCUUCCGGGAUGGGGUAAACUGGGGUCGAAUUGUGGCCUUUUUCUCCUUCGGCGGGGCUCUGUGCGUGGAAAGCGUAGACAAGGAGAUGCAGGUAUUGGUGAGUCGGAUCGCAGCUUGGAUGGCCACUUACUUGAAUGACCACCUAGAGCCUUGGAUCCAGGAGAACGGCGGCUGGGUAAGAACCAAGCCCUUUGUGUGUCCUUUUCUUUGGCCUUUGGUUUGAGAUAUCCCCACGCAGCCCUUCCCUGUAUCUGUUCUGUUGAGUGAUUGUUGAGGAGACCUGACUGGCCUCAUUUCAUCACAAGAGGUCAACUGUUUGGAAAUAUAAAUGACCAGGUUCUUGAAGUACCAGGCAUGUUUCAUUCUGGUCACCCUUAUGAUCCCACUCUUUUCAUACUUGUGUUCCAAUUUCUCAGCAAAGAAAAACAUAGUAUACAUGCUCAUUUGUCCCAAAACCUGUGAGAGCAGGAAGUUAGCGUGGUGUUUCCCCUCACCUUGACACAGUCAUUCACUGCAUAAAGGGUUGAUGAGUAUGCCUAGAGAAGAUGAUGGGCCUUGUGACCCAUACGUCCCUUUACUCUUUCUCCACUGGAGGUGUCAGGCCUUUCCAGAGCUUCUCUCUCCCAAAUCAAAUUCCAUUUAUUUCAAAGUUUGCAUGUGUGGUACUUUCCUCUCAAACUGGGGCACAGCCCACCCACUGACUUGGAUAGCUAAAAUUUCAGAUUCGGGGCAGUGCAGGCUUUGCAGGUUGUGUUUGCACUGUGCUCCCUAAGUUCGUUUUCCCCAAAGUGUGCAACUUUCUGCAUGGAUGGCUUGUUUGUGGAGCUCCUGCUGUGUCACACAUUAAGCCUGGGGACUUUGCACCUCACUGCCUGGGGUCGGUUGGGGAGCUCCAGCUGCUCUGCAGGUUACUUUCCAGCCAGGGCCCAGGGGCCUCUUCACUGAGCACUGUUGGCUGGCAAAGCAAGAACCUGGUCUGUGGGCUCUUGAGAGACAUUAAGAUUUGAUAACAGACUUUGAAUGAGGGUGUAAGUCCCAGCCCUGUCACUUAACUAGCUGUGUUUCCUUGGACAUGCUGGUUUACCUUCUUGAGCCUUAGUUUAUUCCGCUAAAAAAAAUGUGGCAAGCUUUCCUUGCCUUAUAGGGUAUUGUAAAUCUUGGAGAUAAUAUGAGCACAGUAACUGACACUAGCAAAUUUCUUUUCCAGGGAGAAAGAAUUCUCUUGCCCAUCAUGGAGUCAGGGUGAGGUAGUGGUGUGAGCUUCUGUAGGCAAUUUUUGCUCUUUGGUGAACUCAAUUCCAUCUCCUUGCUUAUCUCCCUGCCUCAGGGAGCUGCAGAGCUUAUGAGAGGGAGGUGAAGAACUUAUUCUGUCCCCUUAGACUAUGCAAAAAAUCGACAGACUGUGCAAAAUAAGUCAUCUAUUGAAGAGCUGAGGUGGAAGAGGCCAUGCACCCUGGACUCAGGAAUGUCAAGAAUGCAAUUGUCCAUAGGCUGGGCCUAGGGUGUGGUAGGCACUUUACUACUGAGCAAGAGACCUCCUGAGUUUGCCCUGGAACCCCACCCUCUCUUUCAUUUCCCAUUUCCUUGUAACUUUAUCAACUCUUCCUCUCUUCCAGCUCUUCGAAAAGGCAAGGGGGUCGAGUAAAUAGAGGUCAGGUGACUGGGAUGGGUUUGGGGGACAGGUAAAGAUAGGGCCUCCUCCAGCUAAGGCUGACCAGCCUUGAAAGCCAUUCCUUAAAUGAGCUCCCAGGGGGGGAAUAAAUGAUUAAAUAGUUCCUGUGGGUCUGAUGACCUCUCCUAUUUCCUCCUGCUUUGAUUCUCUUUUGGGACAAAUAUUUGUUCAUCUGAUUACAGGAGGGACAGGAUUCCAGUGCUUCAGAUAGACCCUCUGAGGCAUCUCAAAGUAGAGACUUAGGCUGCUUGCCCACUUUGCCUGACUACUGUCUUUGGCCAGUGUUUCUAAUACCAGGUGGGUUGUUGCCAGUUAUAAACAAAAGGCAGACUGAGACAGGUACCUGGUCUGCCAACCAGCCUCUUCAGAGGGCUACCCUGACCAGAGAAUUGUCAGCUACCGAGGGUAGCAUGUGAAAGAGGUCUUGCCACUCUGGGCAAGUUUAUUAGAUCUCCACUGGACUGAAAUUCCAUCUUCCAUCUCUUUGCUUAAGAAUUAUCAGAGCCUGUUGGACAACAUACCACAUGUCACUUCCUCUUGGUGAACAGAAGGAAUGUUGCAGAAGAGCCAGUAUGGCAGAACCAUUUCUGGACAUACAUUCUGCCCCUUGAGGCCAGUGGGUAAAGAACAUUUGACUCAGGAUCUUUUGAGUUUGGGUAGAAGGUACCCACCCAUUUCCCUCUCAGGUACCAUCCUGUUCUGAGCUGCACAAACUGGUUACUGCAGUGCCACCUUGCAACCUUCCUGGAGGCUGCAGCUGGGAGAUGCUUGACUAUAGGAGUUAUGGGUUAUUCUACCCAGAGGAUGCUCUAAAUUUAGCAUCCCUCAAGGAAAGAGGAAGGAAAUUAGCCUUUAUUGAGUACCUUUUAUGUAGUAGGAAUUGUUAGGUCCUUUACUUAUGCAGCCAGUAUUUACUGAGCAUAUACUGUGAGGUAGGCAAUGUUCUAGGUGCUGGGCAUAAGCCAGACAUGGCACUUUCCCUAGUAGAAAUCACAUGCUGUGAUCACCUUCCAAAAUGGGUGAGUUUAUUCCCAGUUUAACAUAAAGCUUCUAGUGGUCAAGUGACUGGCCGUGGGUAUCCCUCCACCAGUUAAGUCUGAAUGAGAAUUUAGACUGAAAUUAACCUAACUCUACAGCCACUUUCCAUUUGUAUCAGGUUGUCUAGAGAAUAAUAUAGUGACCGAGAUAGGCUGACACAGGAAGCCAGAGAUGCUGUUGGCCCAAGCAGAAUGUGUCUAUGAAGAUGCUCACUCUGGACUGUGAUUCUGGCAUUGUUCAGGUAGCUAUAGGAAGGAUAGUGCCUUUGUCAGGAGUAGCAGAUUCCCAAAAGCACGUAGGUAGCUUUGGAUCAUGGUGCUGGUAAAACUCAGACAUGGCAGGAGUCAAGGAGGUCUCAAAAAGUUGUUUUUGGGGUUUUUUUUUUGUAGAGACAGU